AUGCUGAAGCUGUUCUGUAUCGCUCUUGGCGAGGAACACCCAAUCCCUGUGGACAUUGCGGAGGCGGAGACCGUGGGGGACCUCAAGGACAAGAUCAAGGGCAAGCAGAUGUACCAGUUCCCAGCGGAUGAGAUGCAGCUCUACCGGGUGAAUGGCCUGAUGCAAGACGAGGCCGGACGUCUUAUGUUGAACGGGACGACCAUCGAUAUGCGAUCGUGUGUUUGGGAGACCUUUGGUGGAGUCAAGGCCAAGAUGCCUGCUGUCUCGUUGAUCUCCGAGUGUUUUCAAGACGUCGAUGUGCGUGUCCGUCGGAUGAUCCAUGUGCUGGUGGUGGCGCCUGUCGCAGUGCCUACGAUGUUGCCGGCGGUGGCGUCGUGUGUGCACUGCACACCGAAGAAGUUCAUCCACUCGAACAUGGGCCAAACGAACGGCCAGGAAAUGCUGACUGCCUUGGACAUUCAGGUGGUCCCCAUGGUUCCGUUCGCUGGGAAUAAUGUCCAAGUUCCGGUGAGCCCAUUCCAGUGGGAAUCCACCGCCGACGAAAGUGGCGCCCCCCUGACUGAGGAACAGCAGCGCCGCCGCCCCGACUUGCUCAUCAUGCGCCCCCACGCCGUGUCGGACGCGAAGUACUUGCCUGGAGUCAAGUUAGUCGUGGAAGUGAAGCGCCAAGUGGCAGACGACGCCGACUACGAGGCGCUGUCGGAGCUGGUCGCUCUGGAUGUGCUGGCUAACGGCUACGUGAUGGCCCUAUUGACCGACUUGAACGAUGAUUGGCGAUUCUUCUGGGUCGCGGACACCCGAGACGACGGGCCUGCCCCCAUCCAGCGCACUAUCAUAAAAAAAGUGUGCAUCACCAAGCCGGAGGUAGCGUUCCAGGUGAUUCAAGCGCUGCUUGUGCUGCCGGAAUGUCGGUCAGAGUUGGACCUCCCCUGCUUCGAACGGCCCAUCAAGAUGCGAAAGCUCAACCCGAUGGCGGCGCCUGGCAGCGGCGAUGGCAGUGAUGAGAUGAUUGGGAUUCGUGAAAGCAUCGAACGAUACUAUGACAUCCAAAGUGAGUUGGGGCCUGACGAGGACAUGGCACGAGCGUUGGCGCAGCAAGUUGUUCGAUCCAUACCUGCAUUUAGCUUGUACCCUGAAUCCAUGGAUUAA